UGGUGACCAUGUGUUACAUAUUGUUCCUACACGUGUGAGAGAAGACUGUUAUGUGCACAGACGAUUUAGUGGGUUGUGAUGAGACAUUAAUCUGUGCAGCACGUGCCACAUUCUUGUACAGUGCAGGAAAUCCAACAGGCAGUAAUACAACAACCUCAAGGUGCAUAUGUGAAGGGUUGUUGUGGAAGAAAGUGGUUAUCAAGUGAACAGAAUAAUAUUAAAUAUUUUUGGCAACAGGAAACAACUGAAGAGGCUUCAAUUACAGUACAAUAUAUGAAAACACAGUUUUUGACAAAAGAAAAGAAUUUACCUGUUGGCCUUUAAUGAAUUACAUCAGUAUAAACCCAACCGAACCGAUGCCAUGACCUGUCCGAACAGUCAUACAGAAUUAAGAACGAUCCAACUGGCUGCUGUAUAAUUUUGGGUUUACAUUAUCUAGCUGGAUUUUAUUUCUUUAUUAAUGUAAGAAUACUUGCGUUAUAUUUAGUUUCAGAACUGUUAUGAAAUAACAAUGCUGGAAAUUCGCCACAAAUAAAUACAGAAAUACCCAGCCUUUAUCGCGAUAUUUAACUAGUAGAGAAAAUAUAUUAAUUCUUACGUCAUUUCACUUCAUUUGCUAAUACUUACGUAGCAUUUUUGAUCUUUAUAUUUGCAGUGCGUAUAAACCACGACGAGUAAAAUAGCCAGUAAUUUAAGUAAUACUUAAGAAUUUACGUUUGCUUCAGUUGCCUUUCAGUGUAAGUAACUAGACAGCACAAGCUAGAGUGACAAGAAUAGUGACACAGCAGGAUUGAACAGCAGAGCUAUCGUAUGGAAGUAUGAAGUCUGUACGUAUUUUGAACGUUCUUAGCAGAGGAAAAGCUGAGAACAAGUAAAGGUACUAGAACAGGUCUCAGUUGGUCACCAAUUAAAAUGGAAUUCUUGGGAUUAAUUACAAGAAUGUUCGCAAAUUUAAUCUCCCAUUAAACUAAAAGAAGAGUUCAACAAUUCUUUACAUAAGGAAAAUACCUAAGAACAUUUAAGUUAAAUUUCCAUACGUCAUAUCAGAUUGAUAUGAAAUAGUCAAUAAACAUCAUGCCGAAUUCAAAUGUACAAAUAUAAAAUUAAAUUUCCGAAAAUUUUAUUAAGGAAUUAAUGACAUACCACCUAAGAUUGUUACUGUUAAAAGAAAGUGACAGGAAAUGUCGUCCUAAGCUCGAAGAAUUUCAAAUCGGAGGUCAGUCAUACAGAACAUAGGACAGCCUGUACACAAUCCCUGGUGUAGUCCACUUAUAUUGACAUUCAGAAAUUUUCCGCAGAUGUUUACUGAAUCUCGAGAGAGGGAGUUGUACAUGUUCAGAUCCCUUUGAAGCUUUUAGCGAGCUGUAAAGUGUCGCCCAAGACGGCCAACGCCAUGUUUGGCAUGGACAAUCUAGACUUGGAAGCCGUUAACAGGCAGUUCCUGCUGGAGGCGCAAGGAUACAUCGGGGGCGGCGGCGGCGGUGGGGGUGGCAGCGGAGCUAGCAGCACCAACAGCAGUGCCGCCGAUCUAUACCUCUACGACGACUCGAGUAGCUCCGCUGGAUCCACCUACUCUUACGGCAGUGACCAAGAAAACAGUAACGCCACUGCGUCCUCUGCCGCCUCCAGGGGCAGACACCGCCUCCACAGAAGACGGAGCAAGUGUCCGCAACAGCAGGUGCAACAACGUCAGGCCGCCAAUCUGAGGGAGCGGAAACGGAUGCAGAGCAUCAACGACGCCUUCGAGGGGCUACGCUCACACAUACCAACACUCCCAUACGAGAAGCGUCUUUCCAAGGUGGACACACUGAAGCUUGCAAUCGGCUACAUAAACUUCUUAAGCGACAUAGUGACCAGCGACCGCAACGCGUCUCAGGGAGUCGGUGGGACGCAGGGAUCGCAUGGCAUCCACCAACCGCCCCGCGAGGAGCCUAAGAAAAUCAUCCUCAGAGGGGGCUACGGGUCCCCGUUCACGGCGCACUCCUUGUCCUGGUCCAGCAACAAGGAGAACGGCUGUAAUGGUAUCAUGUUCGCCAAGGUGUGGACACCCGAGGACCCUCGCUCCAAUAAGGGUAUGGCCCACAACGGGCCCACCUUCUCUCUCGACAGCUAAAUGACUUUCCUCGCGCCAUUCUUCUCGAGAAAUCUGAAAGUACAGCAUCCAAUGGAGCCGUGGUUUCAAGACACACUGUGUACCAAUGUACUGGCCACAUACUGAAAUCUGUGAUCUCAUAUUCGCGUUGGAUAACUGAAAGUGAGUGGCCUACAAAAAUUCCAAACGUUCCAGAAACCUAAGCAAAGAAUCGGCUAUUUGAUAAGGGUGAUAAUUGACAAAGAGUAUGGGAACUUAAAAACAAAAAGUAUUAUUGACAAUCGAAAUUUAUAUUCAUGUUGUGGUCUUCUGGAAUACGAAACAAUGUUGCAGCCGGUUUCCAUACGGUAUCAUAAACCAGAAGACCACAAUUUGAAUCUUGACUGUCGUGAGAUUCUUUGAUCUCACAUAUUCUGUUUAAGUGAAACUGGAGACGAGACUCCCUUGAAAGGAAAUGGCCAAAGCAGCGUUCUUAUCUCUGUUAAGGUAGCAACAAGAAAUGGCAACUUCCGGUGCUUUCACACUUCGAGUGCACCCACUCACCGGCAGAACUAAAUGGAACACCUUUUAGUUACGGCCACAAGAAAAUGAAUACUUAGCCUGUUUAAGA